AAACAAAAAAGGUGUCCACACACACAACUUUAACAUGGCUGCCGAGGAAGCUUUCACCUUUCUUUGCAUAGGAAUAGAUUGCUGAGAAUCUCAGCAUCUUAAUUAGUAAGGCCCAUCGGAAACCUGAUCACACUGUACCUAACGUAUCUAUUUCUUUAAAUCCAAUAUCACAAAGAAAAAGGGGGAAAAAAAAAAGAUUUGAAGCUCGAACCUCGAAAUCAUAUUCCUUGUUCAAUGUUUCUUCUCCUUUCAAAGCCAUGAGUUGGUGACCAAAUCUCCUCCACUCCCCAUCAAAAAUAAAAUCCAACAAGAUCUCGUAUCAGUAUAGGUUGAUAUGAGUAAAGGUCGGUCACAUAAAAUAUUAGCAACUCCGGACAAUAAUGAAGAAAAUUUAAGUAAUAAUAAUGAGAGGAAGAUCAUGCGUAGGGACAUCGAAAGACAAAGAAGGGAACAAAUGGCCUCUCUGUACUCAUCACUUCGAUUGCUGCUUCCUCUUGAAUUCAUCAAGGGAAAGCGUUCAGCCUCGGAUCUCAUAAACGAAGCUGCCAAUUAUAUUAAACACAUGACAGAGAAGAUCCAAGGACUCCAAGUCGAGCGAGAUCAGCUGAAGAAUCUAUCCAAUUCGACUGCUUUUAUUCCUGGGAUCGAAAUUUCGAAUAAUUGUUCACUGAACUAUGCUACAGUUCGUGUAUCCGAGGCUGGAGUUGAGAUUUUGAUGAGUAGCUGGUUGAGAGAGGAAGGUUUUCUUCUAUCAAAGGUGCUGGAAUUAUUGCUUGAAGAAGGACUUAGUGUGAUUAGGUGUGCCUCCAACAAAACAAACCAAAGGUUAUUUCUUACAAUUCAGUCCGAGGUUUGCGAUCCGACUUGCUUCAAUCUAUCUGAGCUUCAACAGAAGUUAAAUGCUAUGUGCAAUUACGGGUGACUUUGUACUCUUGUUGUGAAAGUAUUUGCUUGCACUCUCUUGAUCAGAACUGAUUAGAACACCCUAGACUUGGCUUUGUGUUUGUAUAUAACUUGUAGCACUAUUUGAUGAGUUCGUCCUUUGCGUUUUGUUU